UCCCAAGUCCAAUGGCGGAAGACGUGUCGUUUACAGUGAUUCUUUGUUUCCGGGUGUUUUUUGGCCUUUUGCUCGUUCAUUUCUCUACAGGUUAGUUUCAGUUCUACUAAACUAUAUGAUAUGCCAAAGUGUAGGUACCCUCGUUUGCAAUCUAUUGGUAAAUAAUUUAUUUCACGCUUUCUUUCCGGGUAAUUGACGUAGUUGUGGGUUGAUUAAGCAUCAUGGAGUCCUUUACUAUUUGUAUCUCUUUUCUUGUCUUGGAGCUCCUUUCUUUUAUCUUAUAAUGCAUUUAAAACGGUGCAUCAAUGGACAAGAUGACAAAUGAUUUGUCUUUUGUGCUCUUCCUUUGCUCUCCACAGCUACUUCGGCUUAGAUAUAAAGUUGCAAGAAAAUAGAAAUGUAAGCUGAAACCACGCUCGUGCAAAUCAGCUUAAUCAAUAUAAAAAAUGUUUAAAAUCUUCAAAGCUGUUAGCGUGGAUGACAUUAACUUUGGAUAUUGAGUUGGGUGACUUGAUAAAUAAAUAAUACUGUGCAUAAAUAAUUCUUAAUGUCUCCCAUUGCGGACCAUAUUAUUAAUAGAUAAAUUAAUUAGUCUUUUGUAGUUAAAUUCUUCGUUUAUUUUACCCAUUGUGUAGCCCGCAAUUAGCAAGCUUUCUGGGGCGCUCUGGUGGCAGGGUGGCAAAAGGAAGCAGAGAAUGAAUUCCUCCUCCAAUUCUCCUGUGGCUCCCUGUCAGGGUGCAAAUGUAUUUAAACAAACAUUGAAAAACUUGUGCCAAGGGAAUUGAUGUCAUUAUUAAUGUCAUCUCUGCUAACCAGCAUUUCACAUCGACUUCUUCAAUGAAGGCGUGUGUAACCGAGCGGUUCACUCCUCGAACUCUGGACCUGGAGGUCCACGGUUCAAGCCUCGUCCAUCGCGUUUUUUCCUUAGACAAGGAACUUUACCCCACUUCACCCAGGUGUAUAAAUGGAUGCAAUGGACUCAAGCAUCCCAUCCAGCGGGGAGUAGCAAUACUCCUAGGCAUGCUUCAUGCUACAGAAACUGGUAUAAGCUUUGGCCAUUUGGGCCUUUGGCUUGUGUGCGCCUUUACCUACUGCAGAUGUUUAAAUUCCAGAGACAUAGUUGUAAGCUGUCCUUCCUUUUCCCACCUCGCUGCCAGGGCGCCCUGGAGAGCUUGCUCGCAGGCUACCCAUUGUCUCAAGUAUGAUAAAUAUCAAAAGGGUCUUUCUCUCUACCGUCUUCACAAAAGAAAUAAACUAAGGAACCAAACAAUCAAGUAGUCUCCUGAGGACUUAAUUGUUUUGUUGUAUAGUUUUUGUUGUUGUUUUACGUUUACAAUCAGUGUGUCUGUAAAGUUACUUUUUAAGUUGUAAAUUAAUACAAAAUACUUGGUCUACUUCCAGUACAUUGCUGUAUGUGCCUCAAAAACCCAAGAAACCCUGAGUUCUAUUCAGAUGCAAAUAAGUGUCUGUUUCAGCAUACUUAAUGGAAGAACAUAUGAAUAUUUACAUUCUUUAUCACUGCUUUAAAAUGCUGAACUGUGUGCCGAAGAAUAGGCUAAUAAUUCCGAGUUGCAUGAAACCUCCGUUUUGAAGUGAGGCUAAGCGCAAAGCCAUUGAUAUGAAAAUAAGUUUCAUUUUCUUAAAAGAAAAUAAGUUUCUUAUAAGAAAAUAAGUUUCAUUUUCUUAUAGAAAAUGAAACUUAUUAGUAUCACAACAAAGGUUUUGUACUUUUAAUACCCUCAUUUUCAAAGUGAAGGUGAGUGGUUUUGGAACUUGGAAAUACCCUAUCUGGAAGGCUCCUCCCUUGGGAAAGGUUCAAACAAUUCUCAUUAUUUUAAUAAUAAAUAAUUUGUGACCCUUUUUUAAAAGCAAAGUUCUUGAAUAAUUGGACAUCCUGUUUGUACAUGGAGGUUUUGUGGGCUGAAGGGAAAUAAUCGAAUAAGAAUAACACAAUUUUUUUUCUAUGGAAUAAAGGAACCAUUGAGGAAACAAUCUGAUAACAAAUUACGUUUUCUGGAAUAAGUAGAUCGCUAAAAUGGAAUAAUGAUUUGUUUUAAGCCCCUUCCCACAAAGGGGUUGAUUUCAGUGGGUUUUUAUUGCCCAAGAUCACAGCAAAUAAAUGUGAUAAAUUAUCAAACCUUAUAGUCAUGAUCUUAUCCACUUCUGACUGACGAUGACUAUGACGAUGAUGAUGAUGAUGAUUUUAUGAUUUGACUUAACUCCUUCAGACAUGUAUAAGGGAGACUGAUAUCUUAUUGACCUGGACUUGAACAUUAAAACCAGUUCUGAGGAUGUCAAGCUGGUUACACUGUCUUGUGGGUGCAAUGGUAUUAAUCCGCAGUUCAUUGUAUCCCUUGGAUAUUUUAGCCAUUUUUAUUUUUAAUGUACUGGUAUUAUUAAUUAAAAAUGUUUUCAAAAGAAACCAUUAGUAGCAUAAUAAACAUGAGUUCACAUGGUCUGACAGGAGCAUUUGCUAGAGUUCUACCUGUUGCAGUUAUUGUUCGUGAUUAGCUAGCUCAUUUUUUUGGAGUUGUUUAAUUAGAUAAAAUAAGUAGUUUUGUUUUCUUCCUUAACAGAGAUGAGUUGAGGGGUAUAGAUAAUAGGAAAAGUGGUGAGAAAUACUAACAAAUUUAGGAAUGUUUUUAUUUAUCUACAUUUCAUCCUUUUUUGUUUAGCAACAUGUGAACAAUUUGAUGUAGGAGUGAGCUGGUACAUUCAUGACAAUCAGUUAACUGCUUCUUCUGAACUGAAUGCCGGCACCCCAGCAAAGAAUGGGCGACUGAACUUUGUAGCUGGAUCAUCAUGGUGUGCAUCCUCAAGUGACAGCAGUCCAUAUCUACAGAUUGACUUACAGAUUCCUCAUAUCAUCUGUGCUGUAUCCACUCAGGGGAAUUCCCAGGGGAGUCAGUGGGUGGAGUCUUACACCCUACAGUCAUCUACAGAUGGGACAACUUGGACAGACUAUAAAGAAAAUGGACAAGUUAAGGUAGUUGAAGUUAAAAGGUGCAUAUAUUAAUGGUCUGUCACAUCACUUUAAAAGCGUUUAGGGAAAAAUGCUUUUUUGUGAGCUUUUUUGCAAAAAAAGAUGAUCUCUUCCUACCACCCUACUUAGGAUAACACUGGUCUUGCUGCAAACACAGUUCUGAUUGAUAGUGGAAUUAUGUUGACUGGACCUUUCUUGCUUGCCAGGUUUAACCAAUGGUAAUCAUCCUAAGAUAUAGCUUUCUUAAUUUUACACCACAACUGUUGAGAAGCAGUUCUCCAUUUUGAAUUGUUCCCAAUGUGCAUUGCACCGCCGUUACUGAUGACUCACGCAAGAAAGAUGUUUUGCAGUUAACAACAGCAAUCAGAAUGUAGUUUUUUAGUGACAAUUUUGCUGUUUAAACUGAUGAUGAGACCCAAUUUCGCUGUUUAAACUGAUGAUGAGGCCCGAAUUUCUUUAUGAAAAGACAAGAUCUGUAGUGAAAAUUUCAAGUGAGUACAAUUCUUUAGUUGGAUCGAAGAGGAGUCUGGUGUUUUUGACACUUUAGUGCACACACAUUGACCUUCUUCUGACAUUUUAAUAGACCACAAAGUUUUUUUGUAGAUAAUAGUACAUACUGAUGUUCUUUAAUUUUAAAGUAUGUUUAACAACAUGUUUCACGAAAAUGUUUCUGUACAUUCAAAGAAAUAAAAGUAGGUUCCCAUCGAUGGCAAUUUGAAAUCCUUGGGCUUGAACUUCCUGUGUAAAUUUUAGCUUUCAUGUUCAUAAAGUAAAUUAAUUAAGUCCCCCCUCCCCGCCCCUCGUCAAACCAUGGGAGGGGGAUGGGGUUGGGGUCUGAGCUUUGCCGAGGGUAAAUUAAUAUCAUGAUACUGAUUUCAUCUGGUUUCCUUGGUAAUUCUGACACAGUACAUCACCACGUGUAGGUCAAAUGUUUAUGUUAACUUAAUCAUCUAAGGUACAUAAGGGGAGGGAGUUGGGGGGGGGUCAGGAGGAGGUAGCAUGGCCUGUGGCUGUUGUCACUUCUUUCAGGACACCACUCAGAAACAAUUUAGCAUUGGUGUGCUUUUGUCUGCUUUGAAUCGUAAAGUGUUAUAGCAACCCUAGCUUUGAGUCAUAAGGGCUGUACCCUUCCAUUGUAUAGUAGUGUUUUGGUAUCAGUAAUACCCCAGUUACAGGUCCUUUUAAUAGGUGUUUUUAGGAAGGGCAAGAUGAAAGAAUAGGGGUGGGGAUGAUGUGGGGGAUGGGGAAUGGGAAGGGGGGAUGGGGGUAUGAGGUACUUAAACUCCCAGGGCUUAACCCGUUUUCUGCUGCAUGAAGCACCCAGGAGUCUAGAUUGCUUCUCCCCUGUGAGUGGAGUAAGUCUGUUCAAAGGUUACCUUCAGAAAUUAAUGUGUUGCACUUACAUAUUGAGGUGGAAGAAUGACAAGGAUGUUAAGUAACAACGUUGGUUAUCUAAGAGAGUAAUGCCAGAAGGGAGAAGUGGGGAGUGAGGGGGUGAUACCCCAUUAGGCUCACAGCAAAGUCACUUAAGGUCAGAGACCAGGAAUUUAAUUCCUAGCUAUGUCCUACCGCCAGUAUGACCCCUGGCUACUUUCAUAGGAAACAAAAGGAAAGCAGACUGAACCAAUAGAAAUUCCUUGCUGUUCAAAUCCUUACCUAUGAUUUGCAUAUAUGUUACACAUCAAAUUUAUUUUUAGGUUAUGAUUUUUUUUAACCUAGUUUGUUUUAAAUUUUUUUUUUUUUUCAGACAUUCAACGGAAACUUCAAUCGGAACACAGUAGAAAAACAGAUCUUGUUCAGUGCAUUUGUUGCCAGAUACUUGCGUUUUGUUGUUGGGUCCAAACAUCGUGAAGCAUGUUUACGAGUAGAAGUUUCUGGCGUACUUAGAAGGAGAGGUUUGAUAUAUUGCAGAAAUUGUUCAGUUUUUAAGGAAUAUAGUUUUUUCCCCAGUUGUGGAACCUUCCUUCGCAUCAUUGAGACGAUCCUUUUUCUUUUUGCGACAACAUCAGCUCUUUCUUUCUUUUCAAAAAUCUUGUUAACAUACAGUCUUUGCAAGUAAUGCAAUGUAUGCCGUAGUCUCUCCUCACUCCUUGCCACUAAAGACAUUUCACAGGAAAGGGGUCUGCAAUUUCACCCUAAAGAUUCCAUAUUGCUGAUCAUAUGUAGAUUUGCUUGGAAUCUAGUCAACCAACAGGAAUUGGUCAAAGUUGUCAUUCUAUUCUUUUAUUUAUUGUUUACGAAUGACAGAAAAAAGACAAAAGGUCACAAAGAUGAACAGUACAGUAAAUGCCACGAAUCAACUAAAAAAGUCAUUAUUCAUGGAAUAUAACCUUCUUUACAAGAAGAAGUUGAGUUUUGCUGCUGCUGGCUUGCAGAAGAAUUCAAAACUUUUCAAUAAUAGACCAGGAGAGACUUUAACUCAAACAAUUUUAUAUCUAGAACCCCAUGACUACCAGAUUAAUUUAUAAACAUUGAUUCAUGUCAUCAAAAAAUUAUGUGGAAUUUUGGGGGCCAGUUUGCAGAUGACUUUCCUGUAUGGGUCUUUAGUGGCGAAAAAUUAAGAGAGAUGGUUAUUGUAUUUGCAGGCUAGUUUGUGACCAACCUGUCAAAAUUAAGAGGUUGAGAUUUUGAACAGUUACCGAUCAAUACUUGCCAAGACCAUUUUUUCAUGCUGCACUGCAGACACACUACAAAUACAGCUGUACAUGUACUUUGAACAUUAACAAGUUGAUUCUGAAAGGCCUUCAAUACUUGAUUUUCCUCUGUUUAAGGCUGUGCUGUAAGAAAAAUUCUAAGGUUCCCAAUGCUCUGUAGCUGUGAAUCCCAGGGUACCCAGCAUAUGAUUUCCAUGCAAAAGCUGAAAUUCUCUAGUCGCCCAAAAGCAGAAUUAAGGACCCUGAUAUGGUCUCCAGGAGCUGGGGCCGAGAGCACAGCCUGCAACCCUGCUGCGUUUAUCUGUAAUUUUUAUUAUUUUUAUUUUUAGUUCAGAGUAAUAUUGCCCUUUUCAAGCCAACAAGCCAGUCAAGUACAUGGAGUGGUUCGAACCCUGCUAGUAAUGCAGUGGAUGGAAAUAGGAGUCCAUACAUCAACAAGUGUACACACACUAAGUUAGAGAACAAUCCUUGGUGGCGAGUAGACCUAGGGCGAGUAGAGCCUGUAGCUGAAGUGAAUAUAGUCAACAGAGCCAGAUUGCCAUACAGAUUGGAUGGAGCUGAGAUAAGAGUGGGUAGGUAGUAAUUUUGGGAGAUGCUGUAAUCAGUUGUUUUGCCUUGUUCAAAAGUGUUCCUUGUUCAUUUUGAAAUAAUUUAAUUAAUCUGAGAUUAUUUUCCAUUUCUCAGAAGAAAAUUAUGUGAUCACUGUGUUGUGUAAAAGUGUACAUGUAUUUAGUAUCAAUAGCAUUCAUUUGUAACGGCUUUGAUUGCUUUCUUCCGAACCGGAUUUAAUCUUUUCCGUGCGGCUGAUAAUUUAGACGUGAUUCCAAAAUAGUUAUAGUCUUACCCGAAACCGCGUUUUAGUUAGUUGGCCUUUGUCUUGCUACUGCACUCAUCAGGAGUGUCAGUUAAGUCAGAAGUAAGAAUACUGAAAUUUCUGGAGGAUCGGUAAAGCGGGACUGUUAUGUAAGUGAUUUUUACUUUUUUCUAAGGUUCAGUAAAUUUAAGUUUAAGAUUUUGUUUUGUAUUUUCGCUAGUUUUAACCGCAGUUUUUCCAAUUCAAGUUUUGUUCACGUUGCAUGGCUUGAUCGCUAUUUCAUAGCCUGACAUAAUAUGUUUUUGUGGGUUAUUGGUCAAUCCUAGUUUUACUGUCUAUCCAUUCGCCUUUGUAGCAUAAUUAGAAUUUGGAUUAUCGUGCGUCGUAGUUUUGAUUUUGCUCACUGUUUAGCUGUGGAAUGAUUGGAAUGCUACUGUACCCAUAUUUCAGCACGCUCAUUGGCUGAGUGACGUCAAUUUAUCCCAAACAGUGCAGAAAGUUGAAAUUUUUGUUGUUGUUGUUGUUGUUUUAAUUUUUAACUUUGCGGCCACGGUUUUAGCGAAAACCGUGGCCCCAAAGUUUUGUCACGCCUUGCGUAAAAAAUUUCACAGCUGCGCCUGUUCCUUUUCGUAAAUCCGGCCAAAGCUUCAAUGUUUGCGACUAUCAUCAUUUUUAGUCAUAUUAUGGCUUAAAUACAGGCGUUUAGUAUUUGAUUGUAAAACUCCCUGAAGACGUCUACGUUAGUUAGACGAAACGCGUAGGAGAAUAAACAAGUUUUACAGCAACAGUUCGCAGAGUGCUGCUCACUAGUUUAGUUUUAAAAUUUUUUAAAAAUUAAAAAAAAUAUAUAAAAUUUUUUAAAAAUUGCAAAAAAAUUAAAUUAAAUUGAUUGUCAGCCUCAGGUGAGUUAAAGGUCUGUCAGUAGAAUAAUCGACAACUUCUUUAUGUAAUUUGUCUGUUCGGUAAGGAUGAAGAAUGUGCAAACAGACGUAAAUCACAAGCCAUGUAACCAUGAAGCCAUUCUGAUUUCUGCAGCUUCUUUCACGCGGCAUUUUGAUCCACACUCCAAGAAAGAAACCACAAAAAAACAAAAUCCAAAUAACAAAUUGCAAAAUUCUUGACUGACAAUCAAACAUGAAAAAUGUCUUGAAACAAAAACACUACGUUUUCUUUACAACUCCUUUUUUAUUUACAGUCACUGUUAAAAAAGCUUAUGUAUUUUCAACACGAGGCCAUACAUCGUCUCAAAUUUAUCUACCGAGUCACCGUAAGAAACUUUAAAUAGUUAUGCACGCCGUUAAACGAGACAAAAAUAUGUAAUAACUCAAACUCACCUGAGAUGCAACUCCUGAAAGCUAGUAAGUGAGGUUCGUAUAGAAACGCUUUAGUUUUCUCUGUUAUUCUGCUGUGAAAGCCUGCAUGGAAGUUCUUACAAAAACAGCCAUCGAUAAAACCACAGUUGCGACACUUUCCUCAACCAAAACCCAAAUAAACAAACCACAACAUUGGCGGAUCCAGAGGGGAUCGUUGAGUUUGGGAAGUUUUUAAACUUGUCUGGUUACCCAUGUCUCUCCCUUUUUCAUACCAAAAAUAAUAUUAUAAGUUAUAAUUUAAGUUCCAGUCCAAUCGGCCAUUACAAGAAGACUGUUGCUAUUCCUCUUCUUGAAUUGAUUCCUCACUUAUCCAAAUGCAAGAUCGAUUUUCUGACGAAGAUCGCCACGCCCACCAUCUGCUUUGUCUCGUGCCAUCGAGUAUAGUAAAUAAGGCACUGCAGCUGGAUCUGAUAAAGUAAAAGGCGCGCUGUUCUGGGAGAAAGACAUUCCGUUUCUGAAAUCCCUUGGAAAUGAGGUACGUCGAUGGAAAACACUCUGGCAGUCAACAGAUAGGGAGCUACCAAACAACCUUUUAUUAGCACUUGACGAAGGUGCUUUUCCAAACAUCUAUCGCCUUCUGGUCGUUACCUGCCCCCUAACGAUCACAAGCGGAGAAGCUGAGUUGUCGUUUUCACUGAUGAAAUGAAUCAAGACCUGCUCUAGGUCAACAAUGGAGCGAUUCUCUGAUCUCUGCAGUGAUCGUCAUGCACUACUCCGAGAGAUUCGAGGUACAGUAGACGAGAUAUGCGAAGCCUUUGUAAAGGCUCAUCCAAGAACGCUCUGUCUCUGUCUCUGAAAACUGUCCGAUUUGACCUGUCCGAUUACGGGAGCCUGUAAUCGGACAGGUCAAAUCGGACAGUUAUAAAACCAAUGAAAACCAAGUAGCGAAUGCCACAAGCAAUUGAAGUUUGACCACAUAGCACACGAUAACCAAUCAAAAUCAAUGAAAAAAUAGUGACCAGGUAAGCUGUCUAGCUUCAACUGGAAAAGAAAAAUGGAUGAAAUUAACUCGUCCAGUGACUGUUAUUCACAUUAAUAAAUAUUCCAAAACUGAGAUUCUCGCAUUUUGUUGCUGACAGAAUUAUUCGAAGACAGGAUUUCGUGUCAUACACCACUCAAUCCUAUUACCAUUACUAAUAGUGCCUCAAAUUCCUCUGAAACAUAUUCAAACAUAACCCUAACCUUCGUCACCCUUUUUCAUUCCCACCCUUCCCCCUGCCCCAUUCCUUGGCCCUGGGACGUUUAAAAAAAUCCUGGAUCCGCCCCUGCACAACAAAGGAAUCUUGUUAGUAGAUGUAUUUAUUUCCGUCGCGGCAGUGGCAAAACAUAACGACUUCAAGAUGCAAAAUCACCCAAAAUGACAAAAGGCUUCAGUUUUCUGUAAACUGUCAAAAUUUUGACAGGCGAAUGAUUCGCCUGUCAAAAUUUUGACCAAUCUUGGUCGAGGUUGUCACUUGUAGGCGGGAAGAGGGAACUGUGACAAACGCUGCGAGGUGACAUAUUAUUAACAAGUAAUCACAUGAUUUUUCUCGUGCACUUUGGGCUAAAACAGCACUCGUAAGUUUUUCAAAGACCACAAAUUGCACUCGCCCUGGGGGCUCGUGCAAUUUGGUUGGUCUUUGAGAAAUUUGCUUGUUCUGAUUUAUCCCAAAUUGUGCUGGAAAUCAUGCAAUUACCUAUACAUUUUGUUAUUGCUUCAGUUUACGAAGUGAUCUUGGAUUCGUGGAUGUUGUGAUAAAUUAAGAUUGAUUCAAGGAGAGCGUUCGUAAAGUACAUCCCCGUAAUCGUAAUUUAUCGCGUCGAACCCGAACAAAUUAGUUCUUAAGGCUUCGGGCGCCGAUCCGUUACAAGCAUUUUCCUCCUACAUAGUUACAUUCAUGUAAAGUCAAAUUCCCACAGAUUCUGUUUGAGUGCUGAGCCAAUAUAUACAUCAAUGUAAAGUUUUUGCAAAUGAGAUUGCAGCGCUCCCCUGAUCUUGAAUUGAAUGCCAAGAUCGUUUCUUUGUUUCCUUUUCAACUAUUAUUGUACAUGAAUUGUGUUCAAAUACUGCAGUAAAUGUUACCUCAUAUUUUCUUUUAUUUGCUUUGCCAGGAAAUAAAACAACAAAUGAAGGAGCAGACAACAGUCUUUGUGCAGAUCAGAUAAAAAUCCCAGUAUCAAGUUCCAAGACGUAUGUCUGUCGUCCCAAAGCAUAUGGCAGAUAUUUGUACAUCAGAUUACUUAAAAGGGAUUUUUUGACGGUCUGCGAGGUUGAAGUUUAUUCCUAUCUUAAAUCAGAAGGUAAGAGCGCUUUUCUUUCCUCCUGUUUAUUUUAUAGGUAUGCAUGAUGCUUGUGUGUGUAUCUGUUGUAUCUUUUUUUUUUUGCCUUUUACUAAAAAAGUAAUCAGUUUUUAAAAUCGUUUUGUAUAGUUCACGUAUAAAAAGUUUCUGUAUUUUUUAAAUCAAUCUGUUCAUUUUGUUUCGUUCAAACGACAGAAAGUGACAAGGAAUGCACGAGCCUGGCACGGGCACUCUGCAAAAAAUCGGAAAAGUAGUUGUCACAUGAUUCGGAGUUUGACAAACAGACAGACCUCGUCGUAUCGAUUUGUGAGAUAGAUAAGAUCUAGUUUUCGGAUCGAAGCGUGUGAAUCUGUGAUCUUGUUUUGGAAUGAUUAAAGAGGAUUUAUGGUUGAAAAUUUUGGUUUGAGUACAAUUAUCUACAGAGUCGUUUAGUUAUUGUUCGCUUUCAAACAGAGGCUUUUUUACCGCUAGUCUGACGUAAGAACGAUGGAAAGUCAAAAAGAAUUACGGCUGUAUACUGUGCACGUGCGAUAUUAAGGUGGCUCGACUGGAUUUUUUUGAGGGGAUACCUCCCAAGUUUGAGCAUUAACUACGUCGCCACAAGUAAAGAUAUGGCAAAGAGAUUACCACAACUGUAUUAUAUAAAGAUGAAAAUUUCUUAUGAUCUGGGUUUUAAUGCAAUCGGAUUCGCCAUACCAACGUAACGACGCCAUUACGUUUUUUAUUUAUCUUUGUGUUUCUCUGUACCAAGAGUUUUUUUAAAGAGAUCGCUUAAGGGAGUUUGUACCUGCCAUAAUUGCCUCAAUUAUGGCAAAGUUUCAACAAAUUCUAUGAGAACGUUUUCGAGAUAUUUUGAAACAAAGUUUUAAGCAUCAUAAAAACAGUGAAAUACAAUGCUAUCCACACAAUUGGCUAAUUUUUUAAGAAAAUGAUAAGCUUUGGAAACACGGCUUCAUCUCAUAGUGGUUUGAUUCCAUUGAAAACUGCGUACAAGAAAAGAGGGGAAUUGCUCUGGGCGAUCGCGAGUUAGAAGAAUUUUAGUAACUUGCAUUCAGCUGCUUUUGUUACAGUUUUUGCACGUUAUUUGGUCCAUGCCUACAAUUUUCGCAUUUUUCAAAAAACCGCUCGAUAAUUUUUUUUAUAAAUUUGACAAUCCCGAGAUCAAUUGCCAAUAAAUAUACCCUGCAAGUUUCCAGAACAUUGAAAACAGGGAAGGCUUUUAAAUAGGGCCUCAAAUAUAACAAAUUUCCCCCCAGGUUUUGUGUUUACAAGUGAGCGUCCUCAUUAUUCACUGGCACUGUUUCUAAGUUUCAUAUGCACGUGCACAUUUAGCAAAAAGAAAUAAAUUUGCAUCGAAAAGAACUCUCGAUUGCUUUCGGAAGAAAUUCCGGAAUAUGCUAAUAAUUGGCUUGUGUCACAGAUAGCAGUGAGAGCCGAGACGGCGAACGUCACGGCUCAUCGUGUAGGAUGCAAUACUUUAAUAGUUACCUUACUCGGGUUAUAACGUCACAGAAACUCUUACAAAGAAUUGCUGUGAUGUUAUAAAAUAUCACUAAUUUCUUUACCCGGUUAUUAGCAUAUUCGGGAGAUUUAACCGAGGGUCCUUUUUGAUGCAAAUUCUAUCUUUUUGCUAAAUGGGCACGUGCAUAUGAAACGUGGAAACAAUGCCAGUGAAUAAUGAGGACGCUCACUUGUAAACACAAAAUCUAGGGGGAAAAUUGGUUAUAUUUGAGGCCCUAUUUGAAAGCCUUCUCUGUUUUCAAUGUUUUUAAAACUUGCAGGGUAUAUUUAUAGAUGAUUGAUCUCAGGAUUGCAAAGUUUAUAAAAAAAUUUAUCGAGCGGUUUUUUGAAAAAUGCGAAAAUUGUAGGCAUGGACCAAAUUACGUGCAAAAACGAUAACAAAAGCAGCUGAAUGCAAGUUACUAAAAUUCUUCUUACUCGCGAUCGCCCGGAGCAAUUCUCCUCUUUUUUUGUACGCAGUUUUCAAUGGAAUGAAACCACUAUGAGAUGAAGCCGCUUUUCCAAAGCUUAUAAUUUUCUUAAAAAUUUAGCUAAUUGUGUGGUUAGCAUGCUAUUUCACUGUUUUUAUGAUGCUUGAAACUUCGUUUCAAAAUAUCUCGAAAACGCUCUCAUAGAAUUUGUUCAAACUUUGCCAUAAUUGAGGCAAUUAUGGAAGGUACAAUCUCCCUUAAGCGAUUUCUUAAAAAAACUCUUGGUGCAGAGAAACACAAAGAUAAAUAAAAAACGUAAUGGCGUCGUUCCGAUUGCAAUAAAAACCAGAUCAUAAGAAAUUUUCAUCUUUAAAUAAUACAGUUGUGGUAAUCUUUUUUCCAUAUCUUUACUCAUGGCGACGUAGUUAAUGCUCAAACUUGGGAGGUAUCCCCACCAAAAAAUCCAGUCGAGCCACCUUAAUACGGUCGUUUCUAGUAUGAGUUGUUUCGUUGUUGUUUACUUUUUGAAAGAUAUUACAUAUUUGUAUCUCGCCUUCACUUCUAAAAAGCAAGUUUCAAAAGGCCUAUUAAGGUGGCUCGACUGGAUUUUUUUGGGUUGAUACCUCCCCAGUUUGAGUAUUAACUACGUCGGCAUGGUUAAAUAUAUAAAAAAAAGGUUACCACAGCUGUAUUAUAUAAGGAUGAAAAUUUCUUAUGAUCUGGAUUUUAUUGCAAUCGGAGUCGCCAUGGCAACGUAAUGACGCCAUUGCGUUUUUCAUUUAUCUUUGUGUUUCUCUGUACCAGGAGUUUUUUGAAGAAAUCGCUUAAGGGAGUAUGUACCUGCCAUAAUUGCCUGCAAAGUUUGAGCAAAUUGUAUGAGAGCGUUUUCGAAAUAUUUUGAAAUGCAGUUUUAAGAAUCAUAAAAACAGUGAAAUAGCAUGCUAGCCACACAAUUCGCUGAUAUUUUAAGAAAAUGAUAAGCUUUGGGAACGCGGCUUCAUCUCAGAGUGGUUUGAUUCCAUUGAAAACUGCAUACAAAAAAAGAGGGGAUGUGAAGAGAUAAUUUAUUGUUAUUCAGUUAUUUUGCUUUCGCUGGUAAAAAUAGGAAUAGCCAAUGUAGAAAUCAUUUAUUCUUUAGUCUUAACUUCCUUAAGCCGUAAACAACCUGUUGAUUUAUUGAGCGUUAACUUAUUUGUCAAGUCAUAAUUGUAUUUAGUCUUCAAAGUGUAAUCAACCUGUAAAAAGCCGUUAUCCACCUGUGUAGCUUUUGGAAGUAAUUAAUGUUUCAAAACAAGCUUAGGUUUCCACCAAUAGUCUUGUAGAAAUGAUUGUUGUGCUCUGUAAUUUGACUCGUUGAGUUGUGAUGUAAUCUGUAUCGCUUCGUUAGCUUAGGCUUAAAUACGAGUGCUUUGUAGGAGCUCUUCGGUUACAUCCAGUUCCAUCUAGUCUUGGUUACAUUUUGGUUGGUUAUGUUCCUGACUCUACCUACAGUAUAGUCUUGGAUUAAACUUCUACAUUGGAGCCAAGUUCUGUUGUAAUCAUUUUCUCAAGGGUAUUCAGCAGGCGUAAGAGAUUCCGUGCCUUCCCGCAGCCAGCGAGUGUCCCCAGGAAAAGGCCUUUCCCAGAGAAUUUUAGAGUUUUUCCCCGUCCGUCAGUUUACCCUUUUGUGAAGGCAAAACCUGUUUCCACACUGGUGUUAAAGUGAAAAAAAAGUGUUUUCACAGGGAAUUGCUCGGGGCGAUCGCGAGAAAGAAGAAUUUUAUUAACUUGCAUUCAGCUGCUUUUGAUACAGUUUUUGGACGUCAUUUGGUCCAUACCUAAAAAUUUCGCAUUUUUCCAAAAACCGCUCGAUAAUUUUUUUUAUAAAUUCGACAAUCCCGAGAUCAAGCGUCAAGAAAUAUCCCCUGCAAGUUUCAAGAACAUUGAAAAUAGGGAAGGCUUUUAAAUAGAGCCUCAAAUAUAACCAAUUUUUCCCCCCAGAUUUUGUGUUUACAAGUGAGCGUCCUCAUUAUUCACUCGCAUUGUUUUCAAGUUUCAUAUGCACGUGCGGAACUAUCAAAAGAUAUAAAUUUGGAUCAAAAGAACUCUCAAUUACUUUCCGAAGAAAUAUCUGGAAUAUGCAAAUAAUUGGCCUGUCGUCACAGAUAGCAGUGAGAGCCGAAACGGUGAACGUCACGGCUCAUCGUGUAGGAUGCAAUACUUUAUUAUCUUACUCGGGUUAUAACAUCACAGAAACUCUCACAAAGAGUUGCUCUGAUGUUAUAAUGUAUCACUAAACUCUUUACCCGGUAAUUAGCAUAUCCCGGAGAUUUAACCGAUGGUCCUUUUUGAUGCAAAUUCUAUCUUUUUGCUAAAUGUGCACGUGUAUUUGAAACUUGAAAACAAUGCCAGUGAAUAAUGAGGACGCUCACUUGUAAACACAAAAUCUGGAGGAAAAAUUGGCUCUAUUUAAAAGCCUUCCCUGUUUUCAAUGUUCUUGAAACUUGCAGGGAAUAUUUCUUGACGAUUGAUCUCGGGCUUGUCGAAUUUAUAAAAAAAUUUAUCGAGCGGUUUUUGGAAAAAUGCGAAAUUUUUAGGCAUGGACCAAAUUACGUCCAAAAACUGUAUCAAAAGCAGCUGAAUGCAAGUUAAUAAAAUUCUUCUUUCUCGCGAUCGCUCGGAGCAAUUCCCCUCUUUUUUUGUAUGCAGUUUUCAAUGGAAUCAAACCACUAUGAGAUGAAGCCGAGUUCCCAAAGCUUAUCAUUUUCUUAAAAUUUCAGCGAAUUGUGUGGCUAGCAUGCUAUUUCACUGUUUUUAUGAUUCUUAAAACUGCAUUUCAAAAUAUUUCGAAAACGCUCUCAUAGAAUUUGCUCAAACUUUGCCAUAAUGGAGGCAAUUAUGGCGGGUACAUACUCCCUUAAGCGAUUUCUUCAAAAAACUCCUGGUACAGAGAAACACAAAGAUAAAUGAAAAACGCAAUGGCGUC